AUCAUCCUGGUUAGUGUGGAAAAGGGAGAGUUGUGCCAAAGCAGGGACGCAGGUCUUAAGAGUGCCUUUUCAACAAAGAAGACAAGUGGUGAUUCUACAGCAUCUUACUACACUGAUGGACAGUGACUGUAAUGGGCCUUGGUCUGAACAUGUGCAUAAGGAGGCUUUUCCAGGCCACCCAUCUCCAGUGGGCUUGGAGGGCAGCCUGCAGGCACCAGGGAGCCUGGCGAUGGACGCAUUCUGGAGGUGGCACCUACAGAGCGGUAAUCUUUGACAUGGGUGGAGUUCUCAUUCCCUCUCCAGGGAGAGUGGCUGCAGAAUGGGAGGCACAAAAUCAUAUCCCUUCUGGAACUAUUUUGAAGGCCCUUGUCUCAGGUGGUGAAAAUGGAAUCUGGAUGAAAUUCAUGAGAGGAGAGAUAACAACAGAGGAUUUCUUACAAGAAUUUGGGAAACUUUGCUCUGAAAUUUCAAAGAUCUCCGUGCCUGUGGACUCCUUUUUCUCUCUGCUGACCAAUGAGCAAGUGGCGAAGCAGUUCCCAGUGAUGACUGAGGCCAUAAUUCAAAUUCGGGCGAAAGGCCUUCAGACUGCAGUCUUGACCAAUAAUUUUUAUCUUCCCAGUGGGAAAAGCUUUUUGCCCCUGGACCGGAAACAGUUUGAUGUGGUCGUGGAAUCCUGCCUGGAAGGUGUCUGUAAGCCAGACCCCAGGAUAUACAAGCUGUGCUUGGAGCGGCUCAGCCUGCAGCCUUCUGAGUCCAUCCUUCUUGACGAUCUUGGAUCCAAUCUAAAAGCAGCUGCCAACCUCGGUAUUCAUACUAUUAAGGUUAAUGACCCAGAGACUGCAGUAAAGGAGUUAGAAUCUCUUUUGGGUUUUACGUUGAGAAAGGCUAUUCCAAACACUCGACCUGUGAGAAAGACAAUGGAAAUUCCAAAAGAUUCCUUGAAGAAUUACCUCAAAGGCUUAUUGAGGCCCCAAACCACAGGCCCAUUGGAACUCCUUCAGUUUGAUCACGGGCAGUCAAAUCCAACUUACUACAUCAGGCUGGCUGACCACCAGCUGGUUCUGAGGAAGAAACCGCCCGGGAAACUCCUUCCAUCCGCCCACGCAGUAGAGAGGGAGUUCAGGGUAAUGAAAGCCCUUGCAAAUGCUGGAGUACCUGUCCCCACAGUUCUUGGCCUUUGUGAAGACUCAGGGGUCAUCGGCACCCCCUUCUAUGUGAUGGAGUACUGUCCAGGCGUCAUCUACAAAGACCCCUCUCUGCCAGGCUUGGAGCCCAGCCAGAGGCGGGCCAUAUACACUGCCAUGAACAGAGUCCUCUGCAAAAUUCACAGUGUGGACCUCAAGGCUGUGGGCCUGGAAGACUACGGGAAACACGGGGACUAUAUUCCACGCCAAGUGCAAACCUGGAUUAAACAAUACCGAGCCUCAGAAACCAGCACCAUCCCAGUGAUGGAGAGCCUCAUUGAAUGGCUGCCACUCCAUCUUCCCAGGCAACAGAAGACCACGGUGGUGCAUGGGGACUUCAGGCUGGACAACCUGCUCUUUCAUCCAGAAAAGGCUGAGGUGCUUGCUGUCCUUGACUGGGAACUUUCUACCUUAGGCGACCCUCUUGCGGAUGUGGCCUUCAGCUGCCUGGCUCACUACCUGCCAUCCAGUUUUCCCGUAAUAAAAGGUUUGAGAGACUGUGAUUUUGCUCAGCUGGGAAUCCCAACUGCAGAGGAGUAUUUCAGGAUGUACUGUCAGCACAUGGGAAUUCCUCCCAUUGAGAAUUGGAACUUCUACAUGGCUUUCUCCUUUUUCCGCCUGGCCGCGAUCCUACAGGGAGUCUACAAGCGCUCGCUCACAGGACAAGCAAGCUCGGCAACUGCUGAACAAAGCGGAAAGCUGACUGAAUUUAUGUCUAACCUGGCAUGGGAUUUUGCAGUCAAAGAAGGGUUCCGGGUUUUCAAAGAGAUGCCAGCCACAAAACCAUCUGGGAGGUCCUACCACACGCGGGCCGGUCCACAGUCCCUGUUGAGCACCCCAGGCACAAGGAGCUACAUCCCCUUUACAGAAUCUUCCCCAGCUCAUACCUCAAAGGGAGCUCUGGUUUUCUCUCCAGAGGGCCUUUCCCCAACAGUCAAGGAGCUGUAUCAGCGGCUAAAGCGGUUUAUGGAGCAGCAUGUGUACCCUGCUGAGCCAGAGCUACAGAGUCACCAGGCCUCAGCAGAGAGGUGGACCCCUUCCCUGCUGGUCGAAGAGCUCAAGGAGAAAGCCAAAGCCGAAGGACUCUGGAACCUUUUUCUACCCUUGGAGACCGAUCCCGAGAAAAAAUAUGGAGCAGGACUGACCAACGUCGAAUAUACACAUUUGUGUGAACUCAUGGGGAUGUCUCUAUAUGCUCCCGAGAUAUUUAACUGUUCUGCUCCAGACACCGGGAACAUGGAGCUUCUGGUGCGCUAUGGCACCGAGGAGCAGAAGGCCCGCUGGCUGAUUCCACUGCUGGAGGGAAAGGCUCGCUCGUGUUUUGCUAUGACCGAGCCCCAGGUUGCCUCAUCAGAUGCCACCAACAUUGAGUCUUCCAUCAGAGAGGAGGAUGGCUUCUAUGUCGUGAAUGGCCAUAAGUGGUGGAUCUCAGGCAUCCUGGAUCCUCGCUGCCAGCUCUGUGUGUUUAUGGGAAAAACAGACCCAAAUGCCCCACGCCACCAGCAGCAGUCCAUGCUCUUGGUCCCCAUGGAUACCCCAGGGAUAAAAAUCAUCCGGCCUCUCACGGUGUAUGGGCUGGAGGACGCCCCAGGUGGCCAUGGUGAGGUCCUGUUUGAGCAGGUGCGCGUGCCCAAGGAGAACAUGGUCCUGGGCCCUGGCCGAGGCUUUGAGAUCGCCCAGGGGCGUCUGGGUCCUGGCCGGAUCCAUCACUGCAUGCGGCUGAUCGGGUUCUCGGAGAGGGCCCUGGCGCUCAUGAAGGCCCGGGUGAAGUCCCGUGUGGCCUUUGGGAAACCCCUGGUAGAGCAGGGCACGCUCCUGGCAGACAUUGCCCAGUCACGUGUGGAGAUUGAGCAGGCCCGGCUACUGGUGUUGAAAGCUGCCCACCUCAUGGACGUGGCAGGAAAUAAGGCGGCAGCUUUAGAUAUUGCCAUGAUUAAAAUGGUGGCUCCAUCCAUGGCCUACCGAGUGAUCGAUCGCGCUAUUCAGGCCUUUGGAGCAGCAGGGUUGAGCAGUGACUACCCCCUGGCUCAGUUCUUUGCCUGGGCCCGUGCCCUGCGCUUUGCUGACGGCCCUGACGAGGUGCACCGCGCAGCAGUGGCCAAGAUGGAGCUGAAGCACCGCAUUUAGCCCUGCAGGACUGCAGAAGCCAGGUGCCCCUGCUGGGCCUGCAGCAUGCAAACUUUAAAUAUGUUUUGUAAGUCCCGGUAUGGGUAAUUUCUGCACCCUGCCUGGAAGUUCUAUCCUGGGACAGUCAGUGUGAACUCAGCCUUUUUUGAGUUCCCACAGAAGACGUUUCUGGAAAGAUAUCAGAAGCCUGCUGGGACAGAGUGCCUGUGCUUAGCUGGUGAAAUGGCAGCCUACCUCCCUGUAGGACCCUUCCUGGCAAGCAGAGGGGCAGCUGUGAUGUACCACAGCCCGAGGACCCAGGGCUGAAGAGCUUCUGGGAAAUGAAGUGAAAUCAAAAUCAUGAAGCUGCUGGCAUCUGGUUUUUGAAUGCCCACAACACAGAACACUAAUUAAGAUGUUAUUUUGGAAAGGAGCUUUGGUGGCACAAAAGAAUAAGAAAAUACAUCUCAGAGACCUUGUGAAUGUUCUAUAUCAUACUGGAGGAAUUGAGAAUAAAGGUUCACACCUCA